UCUACUUUCACGCCUUCACCUUAGUACGCUUGUAAGAAAGGUGACGGGCCACUGCUGAGAGGGGAGAUUCGUUGAAGCUGCCUGUAUGGCUGCUUCUUUGACCAGGCUUGCAAGCUGGAGACGCGCUCUUCAGCUGCCAAAUUUCCUAGCUCCGCUUGGUUGCUUCGAACUUGAAACUCAGAUCAGCUUUGGAAGAACAUCGCGUUUCUUGCCAACAGAUCUAAGCUCGUUCGGGGCUGCAUCUGGAAGGGGCCUAAGCAGCAGCAUGGAGGCAACGACCAGCAUUGUUACUGCUCAGAGACUGCUCCAGAGGUCUUUGCAUUGGACACCUCAGGCUGGUGAAUAUCAUUCUGGCAGGGGAGCAACUCAAAUCAUCCGAGAUGACAGUAGACUGAACUCAAGGCCUAUAGAUGUUUUUCAAAGACGAGCUAUCCGAUUAACAGUGCUACGCAACGGUCCUUUUCUUACAGCAUCUCCUUCUUGCCCCGCUUUUGAACGAUCUAGCGAGUGCCGCUGUCAAGGUGGCAUGGGUCAACAGCAGCUGGGGGGUAGACGAACUUUUGUAAGGCCAGGACGAGUGUCGCUGCAAGAAGCAGUCACCCCGGAAGCGCAAGGUAUAACGGACGAGGUCUUUGCCAACACCAUGACGACCAAGCAAGCGGCCAUGCAGGCCCUUGAUAUGGAGGAGCCAUUCCUGGCUUUUUACUGCGACACAUACGUUGUACCACUGCCACCAAAGCACCGAUUCCCAAUGCUGAAGUAUGCUGCGACCAGAGCCAACUUGGAGCAGGACUCGUCUCUGAAGGGUGCCAUCGGCUUCAAGUGCUCACCAGUCUGUUCGACCGAGGAGCUCUUCAGAGUCCAUGAUAAAGGGUACGUCGAACGGGUUGUCUCGGGUGACGUCACCCCGAACGAAGAAAGAGCUCUCGGGUUUCCCUGGAGCAUCGCGCUGAUCAGAAGGUCCUUAGCGUCCACCGGGGGGACCGUAGCAGCCAUGCACGCAGUCAUGGCCGACCACCCCCGGCGGCGGCGGGCCGCGUCCCACAUCGCGGGCGGCACGCACCACGCGUUUUCGGGGCACGGGGAGGGGUUUUGCGUUUUCAACGACAUCGCAGUUGCAGCGGCGGCCGCGCUCGUCGACUACCCGGAGCAGCUGGACAGCAAAACGCCGAUCAUAGUUGUCGACCUGGACGUCCAUCAGGGUAACGGAACCGCCAAGAUGUUUGAGGCCGAGCCCCGCGUAGUCACCUUCUCGAUGCACGGCGAGAAGAACUACCCCUGGCGCAGCAAGAUGACGUCAGACCAUGACGUCGAGAUGCCGGACGACGCCGACGACGAGCUGUACCUGCGGACGCUCGGACAGUGGCUGCCGUACCUUUUGGACACGUAUGCGCCGCGCCUAGUUUUCUUCCAGGCUGGGGUGGAUGCGCUGAAAGAGGACAGCUUUGGGCGGCUGGCGAUGACGAGGGAGGGAUUGCUGAAGCGCAACAACAUGGUCUACACGGAGUGCAUACGACGGGGCCUGCCGCUCGUCAUCUGCAUGGGCGGCGGCUACUCGCGCCCUUAUGACGCCUCCGUCCUGGCCCACUCUGACGUGUACAGGUCAGCAGCGUUUCGAUACCGGGUUGUGCCAUAUGGCAGGUGAUGGGGUCGUUACAGCGUAUUCUUUUCUCGGCAAGGUCGUUAGCAGGACACUGGCCCGCAAGGUAUUGACAGCCACAGGUAGCAUGCAUCAGGUCUAUGGAUUGGAGUAUAACUUCGUUCAUUUCGGCGCAUCUUUGGAUUUACACAGGUGAUUCUUUUGACUGGAAUACACGUAGCACUCAUGUCGUUAAACUGUCGAGUUGAAAUACGUGAAAGAUUAGCGUAAUCGUUGGAGAGUUGCCGCAGUGAUGUCAUAGUGAUCCUAAGAUUUGAAUUGAUCACUUCGCAGCCUCCCGUGGUUGGCAUUGCAACUUAGCAAAAUC